CCCAGCUCCCCACGGGCUGGUCACGGCGACAGCUGGUCAGACAUGCGUGGAUGCAAUUCACAUGCUUCCAUCCAGGACGUUCAACAAGCAUUAAGUUGGAAUAGUUUCGGAAGGUGAAUGGCGAUGUUAUCUAAUUGAGGACUUUAGUUCAGCAUGAGCAGGGAUGCAUCUUCAAGAGUUUGCUUUUGACCUUUAAAAAUAUGGUAUUUUUAUUUUAGCUAUAUUAGCUAUAUAUAGCUAGAUUUCUAGCUAUUUUCAGACACUUUUUCGAAUUCAAUAAUUGUUUUCUCCAGUUUAGUUGCAGUUAGUGACUUUUCGGUGACAGUGCGAAGUUCUGUCUCUGUUUGUGUAAUCAGGUGCCGCUCACAAAAUAAAUAUAUAUAUAUAUAGCUAAAUCCGCAGCUGUUUGUGCAAUGGAGGAUAACGUCGGUUUGGAUUUUAAGGACAUCGAGGCAAAGCUUGGACGAAAGAUUCCCGAGAGCCUUGUCCGAUCAAUCACGGAGGGUAGGCUGGCAGACGCGAUGGAUGAAACGCCGGUGACGCCGCCUGUCCCUUUUAACCAGGAAUCAAACGCGUCAGUGCGCCUGCAGAUGAAGGUGACGUUUCUGAAGCAAGAAAUGGCCCGCCUCCGCGCACUCGACAUCAAGCUGAUGCAGCAGCUGCUGUCAAUCAACGAGGGCAUCGAGUCCAUCAAGUGGGUGCUGGAGGAGCGGGGCGGCCUGGGCGGGAGUCAGGACACCAGCCUGGCGGGCAGCCUGUACAGCCUGUCGGAGAGCCAGGACACCUCGCUCCGGGGCAGCAGCGACAGCCUCCACGCGGGCAGCGACGGGCUGGACGCCGUCUCCGUCGGCAGCUACCUGGACACCCUGGCCGAGGACCUCCCGCCCGCCGAGCACGACGGCUUCUCCGUCCCGGACAAGACCCCCCUCCGCCACGACAAGGGCGUGAACUCGGACGAGUACUACUGCUUCGGGUAGAGCGCGGGGGCCCGGAGGGUUUGAGGGCCGCCGGGGGCGAGUUCCCCCGCGGGUCACCCUGACGCUCCUCCGUCGCUGUUGCCUGGGGGGCUCGCGGGGGAGAAAAGGUCCCAGCCUGAGGUCUCAGGUCUCUGAAUCAUCACAGCAAAGGUCCUCCAAAAAACAUACCGCACAAAUUCAAACUGAGAAUGGCACUUCUGUUUACUGUAAUCCAAAGUUUAAAAGCACAGUGCUCUUAUACACCACCACUACCUACAGGAUAAUGUGGCAGGGUAAUGGAUUGAAUGAAAAGCUACUUUUUAAGGAAGUAUGAGUGUUUCAUGAUUCGUUUUAGGUCUGGGCUUCACGUCACAAUGAACUUACCGAAAUGCUUAGAAUAUUAUGUGUUUUUAUUCCAAAGUUCCUGUAUGUGAUUAUGUUCACCCCAUACUAGGCAUUGUGGGAGCCAGGUACUUAAGAACUUACUGAAAUAAGUAAUUAAAAAAGGGCUUAAGUGAUUAUUGGCAUUAACGACCUCCUGUGUGAGGCAUUUUUGAAACUGCUUCUUCGGUGUAUUGGCUGUAGGUACAGCUUUUCUGAAAGUACAUCCAGAACUCUGAAUCAUUUCUAAAUUUAGUGCAAUUCAGAAGAAGGUAUAUGCCAAACAAUACGGACUUUCAUUUCUUACUGAUAAGCACAUCUGAAGUGUACCUUACCAUUGGACCUGAAUCCCCAAAAAAAGAUUUUUUCACUUGUAGAAAGGUAGCGUUCUCAGAUUGAAAUAAGGUGAAUUCCUCAUACCAAGUACUUUUCAAAAAAGGCAUUGUAAAUAUUAAGGAAACUUGAAUAAUUUAUUUAGUCUUCCAUAAAUGCUGAAAAACUGAUAUGCUGUGCUAUAAUGCAUUUCUAGGAAUAUUUUGACCACGGUCAAUUUAAAUUAGAAUUUUUGGUUUGACAUUUGUUUUAGCGCAAGUACCUAUUGGCUUUUCUGUGAUUACCACACAGAAAAAAAGUGGUUCAAGAGCACAGUAUUUGAAUAUUCAUAUAGUUAUCUGAAUGUGUAACUAUACUUGUGUUCCUCUGUGGAACAUUUUACCUAUAUGAAUGUCAUCAUCAUUGUUGUUUUUUGUCUAACUGGUCUCCUUUGCCGUUGUUGUUCUGUAAUGAGUGUGCAUCGUCAAAAUUAAA